GUUUCAAUUGGGAGAGGGGGAGCUGUCAGUCAGCCAGCCAGCCAGCCACUCACUUAGUCCAAGUUGACAUUGACAGAUGGAAGUGGCGGACGGCAAAAAUGCAUCUGAAGUGCAAUCUGAUCUUGGUCUUGGCCUUGCUGGCGGUUCUUUGUCUGGGACGCGGGAACGCAUCGGAACUGGAUUUGAAUGGGGUUCCUGGUCCUGGAAUGGGACAACAAUUGGCUGCCCACCUGGCGCCAAGUACUCCUCCGAAGAUCCAGGAGGCCGCUGCCCUGGCGGUAAUCACUAGAGUGAUCGGCGGACGUUCUUCUCAAAUGUUUCAGGUGCAGGUCAAUAAGCUAAUGGCGUUACGCAGCUUUAAGAUUAGCAAGCUAAAGGAUGGUCGGAUUCUGCUCGCCGGAUGGGAUGGCGUGUCCGUUUGCAAAGCAUUCCAUCACUACCUAAAGUACGUCCUAAACAAGGACGUGGAUUGGUUCAAGAUGCGCAUCGAACUGCCCACCAACCUGGAGCUGCCCAAUGUGACCAUCGAGUCGACGUCGGCGAGCCCGAUCAUAUAUCACCAGAACGUGUGCACCUGGAGCUACAGCUUUGCGUGGUGGGGCUUCGAGCAGUGGCGGCGGCAUCUGGAUUGGAUGGCCCUGAUGGGCAUCAGCCUGACCAUUGCCCCAGUUCAGGAGGCCAUCUGGACAGAGGUGUACACGGAAAUGGGGCUCACCCGGGCAGAGAUCGAUGCCCAUUUGGCCGGACCCGCAUUUCAGGCCUGGCAACGCAUGGGCAAUAUCCGCGGAUGGGCAGGACCCCUGAAACCGGAGUGGCAACGACUGCAAGUGCUCCUGCAGCAGGAGAUACUCGCUGCCCAGCGUAAUCUGGGCAUGAGUGUGGCCCUGCCCGCCUUUGCUGGUCAUGUGCCACGUGCCUUGAAGCGUCUUCAUCCGAACUCAACGUUCAUGGAGGUGCAGCGAUGGAAUCAUUUCCCCGAUCGCUUUUGCUGCGGUUUCUUUGUGGAGCCCACGGAGCCACUUUUCAACCAGAUAGCCGAGAGUUUCCUCAGUCGUGUGGUCUCAAUAUAUGGCUCGAAUCACAUCUUCUUCUGUGAUCCCUUCAAUGAGCUAGAGCCACCGGUGGCAAAACCGGAUUACAUGCGAUCCACGGCGGCGGCGAUAUUCGAGUCCAUGAGAGCUGUUGACAAGCAAGCCAUUUGGCUGCUGCAGGGAUGGAUGUUCGUUAAGAAUCCCUUUUGGACCACAGACAUGGCGGAGGCUUUUCUUACGGCCGUACCACGCGGUCGGAUACUGGUGCUCGACCUCCAGAGCGAACAGUUCCCCCAAUACGAAUUGACCAGGUCGUACUUUGGUCAGCCAUUUGUUUGGUGCAUGCUCCACAAUUUCGGUGGCACCCUUGGGAUGUUCGGAUCCGCCCAGCUGAUAAAUGCCGGAAUUGGGGCAGCGCGUCGAAUGGCCAACAGCAGUGUGGUUGGCACGGGCAUCACUCCCGAGGGUAUUGGCCAGAACUAUGUGAUGUAUUCGUUGACCUUGGAGCGCGGUUGGAGUGAUUCACCCAUGGAUUUGGAUAGCUGGUUCAGGAAUUUCUCACUCACACGUUAUGGCGUAAAAGAUGAGCGACUGGAGCAGGCUUGGCUGCUGCUCAAGAAUAGUGUCUACUCCUUUGGUGGCCAGCAGAAAAUGCGUGGUCAGUAUGUGGUGACGCGAAGACCAUCGUUCACCCAGGAACCCUUCACUUGGUACAACGCCAGCGAAGUGCUGGACGCCUGGCAACUGCUGCUCUCCUCCAAAGCCAUCAUUCCGCUGGAGGACGAUAGAUACGAGUUGUAUGAGCACGAUUUGGUGGACAUAACCAGGCAAUUCCUGCAGAUCAGCGCCGAUCAGUUGUAUGUCAACCUAAGGUCGGCCUACAGAAAGCGACAGGUGCCGCGAUUCGAAUACCUCAGUGCCAAGCUGCUGCAGCUGUUUGAAGACAUGGAGCAGAUCUUGGCCAGCGGCCGGAACUUUUUGCUGGGCAACUGGCUGGAGCAGGCCAAACGGGCGGCACCCAAUGCCGAGGAUCAGGACAACUUUGAAUUCAAUGCCCGGAAUCAAAUCACCGCCUGGGGACCUGAGGGUCAGAUUCUUGAUUACGCCUGCAAACAGUGGUCGGGAUUGGUGAGGAACUACUACAUGCCGCGCUGGAGUCUCUUCCUGGAGGAUGUGAAUGUGGCUUUGCGCUCCCAGCGACCCUUCAAUGGCACCGCCUUCAAGCUGAAAGUCUCGCAUCGAAUUGAGCUGCCUUUUGGCAACAACACCGACAUUUAUCCUUUGGAGCCAGUUGGCAAUACCUGGUUCAUUUCACAAAACAUUUUCGAGACCUGGAAAGGCUACUCAAAGGACUCGCAAUUUCUACACAAUAAUCGACUGUCAGUGCCACUGAAAUUGGGACCUAAAUAAUUAGUAUAUUUAUUUUAAUCACCCGUGUGACUGCAAAAUCAGAUAUUUCAUUUAAAAAUCUGUAAGCUCGACUUUAAAUAACCAAAAUAAAUAUAUCUUCUAGUUUAAUCUGACCAAAACUUCAAUAAAUUUUCUUAAUUCCUCUUGA